AUGUUCUUCGACAGCAUUCCAGCUGUCUUGCUGGCCAUCACGCAUCUGGUGCAAGCAUCCACAAAUGUUCUCAGCAACCUUCAAGCCCCAACCCCACCAGCCACAUCCCAAUUCAAUUGGGGCAACAUCACCGCAACCGAAUCACUUGUUUACCACGACUGUUAUGGCGACUUCCAGUGCGCCAGGCUACAGGUCCCUCUCGACUGGACCGCUGAAGAAGCAGCGGACAACCGCACUGUUCAGAUCGCUCUGAUCAAACUCCCUGCAUCUGUCCCGGUGACGGAUAGCAGAUAUGGUGGUGCUGUGAUCCUCAACCCUGGUGGCCCAGGUGGCUCAGGCGUGAAGACGAACACCCAGACCAUCGCCAGCGCAGGACCAGAUGCAGACGAAAAGACAGCAAAAUACUUCGAUAUCAUCAGCUUCGACCCUCGUGGUGUCAAACACACUACACCCAGUUUCCGUUGCUUUCCUCACUUCCUCGAGCGUUUGACUUUCGAGCAGGAGCUGGCGGCUUACGGUCUGCCUGGUAGCAGCGAUACAGCUCUCCCAAACCUCUGGACCACUUAUCGUACCUUGGCAGACUCAUGCUCGAAGAGAGCCAUUGAAGCAGGCAUUGGAGAGCACAUGUCAACGACGAGUGUGGCAAGAGAUAUCGUCGAGAUCGUCGAAAGACACGGCGAGUGGAGAGAGCAAGAGGCCAGCAGACUUCUGACGUCUUCUGGCAAUUCAGAAAACGACCUACUCGAUCAUGUCAAGUACCAGCCUGGCAAAGAGAUGGUCCAGUACUGGGGCGUCAGUUAUGGCACUGUUCUCGGAGCUACCUUGGCCGACCUCUACCCUGACCGAGUGAAGCGGACAAUCUUGGACGGUGUUGUCGAUUCCUUCGACUGGUAUAAGGGCGGAUGGUCCACUAUUCUGCAAGACACCGACAAGAAUGCCGCCACGUUUGCAGAAUACUGCUGGAAGGGCGGACCGGAGAACUGCGCUCUCUACCACGAAGAUGGUCUCGAUUCUAUCGCUCAGAGGUUCUCGAACAUCACGAAAAGUCUCUUGCAGAACCCAAUCGGUGUGCCAGGGACCAACGUCUCCUCUCCCGACCUGAUAACCCACAGUGAUCUCCAGAAAUUCCUCGGGCAUGCUCUUUACGGCCCUCUUUACAUGUUCAGUCCUCUCGCAAUAGUCAUGGCAGAGAUCGAGCAUGGCAAGGGCAAUAUCUUGGCGAAAACGAAGCGCGCAACAGACUCACGGCUUCUCACUACCCUUCCCAAAGAGUGCCAGAAAGAUGGACCUUACUCCAGAGCUUGCAAUCCGGGUUAUGGAGGAUCGGACGAGUAUAUGAUCCAUCUGGCAAUCAUGUGCAGUGAUGCCGAAUCAAAGAUCAACACAACGAAGGAGCAGGUCGAAGAGCUUAUGGGGGAUUUGAUGGAGCAGAGCAAAAUGUUUGGAGAUGUCUGGGCGACAAGCAUGAUACCCUGCACACAGUGGCACGCACGCCCAAAAUGGCCUUACACUGGUCACCUCAAUGCAACAACCGCCCAUCCCAUCCUUUUCAUCGGGAACACCUUCGACCCUGUCACGCCCAUCCGCAAUGCCUACAAGAUGUCAACAGGUUUCUCGGGUUCUGUGGUUUUGCAUCAAGAUACAGCGGGGCAUGGUUCUUCUUCUGGCGUCAGAGCCUACUUCCAGACUGGCGAGUUGCCUAAGCUGGACACCACUUGCCAUCCAGACCGUGUUCCGCUCGAUGGAUUUGACAAGGAGGUAGAGCAUCCUUUGCCCGAGGGUGAGACUGACAAGGCGCUGUGGAAGGCAAUAACACUCGGCGGAGAAGACACAAGUGCACGCAUGCCGAUGUUCUUGAAGAGUCACAUCGAUUAA